AUGGCUGUCUCCAAAUUUCCAAUGCCAGUGUUUCUCUUUUCCCAUGGCACGCCCAUGAUGCUCGGUGAAGACAGCAAUUCCCGAGUCAUAUGGGAGCAGGUUGGAGCUGAGGCGCGGAAACGCGGCGUCAAGCGCAUUGUUAUAAUGGGCGCGCAUUGGAUCUGCGGCGGUGAAGGCGUGGAAGUCAACAUGAAUCCUAAUGGCAAAAAACAUCCCGUUGGAGGUGUCACUGAUGCUCGUUGGCUUCCCUACAAGCUCACCGCCGACAUUGAAGGCGGUGAGCGUGUCAUCCAGAUGCUUCGCGAUGCGGGCAUCAAAGCCACGCCAAACUACAAGUGGGAUUGGAUUCAUGACAGUUUUAACGUGCUCAUCCGCAUGUUUCCCAAUCACGUGCCUCCUCCGACAGUAGUGAUUUCAUGCAACGGUUUCUUCGACCCUCAAUUCCACGGUAAGGUCGGCGCUGCGUUACGCCCUCUUCGCUAUGAGGAUACCCUCAUUAUUGGCAGCGCAGGAACUGUUCAUAACCUCUACCGGGCGCAUUGGUGGGAGCUUAUGAUAUAUACGGACAACCUCGCUAUGAAGCGUCCGCCUGAGGACUGGGCCAUGCAGUUCCGCCAGCUGAUGGAAGACGCUGUGCUCAACAACCGAGGGCCGCAUCUUCGACGCGCACUGGCACGGUUGAUGAAGCAUCCGCGAUUCCGAGAUGCACACGGAACAGAUGAUCACUUUGUGGCAAAUAUUUUUGCCGCGGGGGCAGCAGGUGCUCUCGAGGAUCUGGAUAGUGAGAAUGAGAAGCUGGGUGAGGCAGACUGGGAGCUUGGAAACUUGGCGAGCCAGCAGUAUCAGCUUGGUAAAUGGGAGUGA